CUCCUAAGUAUCCGUUCAUUUCUCUACCUGCAAACUGACCGUUGAGGAUUUCCUUCUGGCUCAAUUACCAUGGCAUCGCCGUGCUCAAUGGAGUAUUGAAGCUUUUUACACAUUUCCAGUACCCCAAUUUGACAAUACUUCUUCUACAGCCCCUACAUGCUUUGCUGUCUCUGUGAUUGUCGAUUUGUCUGCUUUUGUAGCAAGACAACAGAAGAUGAAAAUGAAGGGGAUAGAAAUGCGAAGCACCAAUCUUUAACACCAAGUUGGAGUAUUGAUGCGAAAAAUUAUGUCCAUCUCUGGUGUCGUUCAUCAGCAUCAGGCGACUUAUGCUAUGUCUCCAGCAAUGUGUGCAUGGAUAGAGGUCCCAGAAUGAAAUGUGCAUCUUGUAGAAUAAUCGUCCAUGAAGAGUGCCGAAGUAUUCUUAUCGAUAAGAUGAAAGUCAUGUGCCGGCCAACGUUUCAAGAUGCUGAAAUCGGUUCUUAUCGAGAGAAUACUGCAACUAGUCAUCACUGGAUUGCGCGUCCGACUCCAAAAGGAAGAUGUAGGACCUGUGGAAAAACAUUUGGAAGCAAAGUAUGCAGUCUUCUGAACGAGACUGUCGCCAUGAGUUGCUCUUGGUGCAAAGAAGUGUGCCACAACAAAGAAUCGUGCUUCAAUCCCACGAAGAUGUCCAGCGAAAACUGCAAUUUAGGCUCUCAUGCUAAUCUCAUUGUUCCACCAACAUGGAUUGUGAAACUGCCUUGUAAAGAAACGGAGAAUUCUAAGCAGGUAUUUGCCAUCAAACCUAUUCCGUCCUCCGCAUCAAAGCCUCUCCUGGUUUUUAUCAAUCCUAAAAGCGGUGGAAACCAGGGAUCUAAACUUCUCCGCACUUUCCAGUGGCUCCUCAAUCCUCGGCAAGUGUUUGAUCUUACCGAAGGUGGACCGUCAGUAGGGCUCGAACUUUACAAGCGCGUUCCGAACCUCCGAAUACUUGCUUGUGGUGGGGAUGGAACAGUUGGUUGGGUACUCUCUGUCCUGGAUGACUUAAAGGUGUCCACUUCUCCACCAAUAGCAGUGCUACCUCUAGGAACAGGAAAUGACUUAGCCAGAUCUUUAGGUUGGGGAGGGGGAUAUACAGAUGAACCAUUGACAAAAAUACUGACAAAUAUAGAAGAUGGUGAAAUUGUGAAACUUGAUAGAUGGUUUUUGAAUGUUGGCCCGAAUACUAAAGUCGAGAUAGGUAACUCAGAAGAAGGAAAGAAAACUCUGCCACUGAACGUCGUCAACAACUACUUCUCUUUAGGAGUGGAUGCGAGAAUCGCUCUGGAAUUUCACGAAGCCAGAGAGGCAAAACCUGGAAAAUUUAAUAGCAGAUUUCGGAAUAAGAUGUUUUAUGGCCAAGCUGGUGGCAAGGAUCUUAUUCAAAGGAAAUGGAAAGAUUUGAGCAAUUAUGUAACAUUGGAGUGUGAUGGACAAGAUAUGACAAACAAACUUAAAGAAAUGAAAGUUCACUCAAUUCUAUUUCUCAAUAUAUCUAAUUAUGGUGGUGGCACAAAACCUUGGGGAGCUUCAGGCAUGGGUCAUUUUCAGCCUCCAGCUACGGAUGAUGGCAUGAUUGAAGUCAUUGGACUCACGACAUAUCAAUUACCUUUAUUACAAGCUGGGGGCCAUGGUUCUUCUAUUGCUCAAUGUAAAAAGGCCAAACUUGUCACUUCUUGCACUAUUCCAGUGCAGGUAGAUGGAGAACCUUGUCGUCUGUUGCCAUCCGUCAUCGAAAUAGAGCUUCUGAACACAGUCAAUAUGAUAGCAAAAACAAAGAAGCACGGAACAUCGACGAAAAAAGAAAGUGUUGAAAAAAUAAGUCUGCCUCUGAAGUUGCUCACAUUUCAAAAAUAUGAAAACGAACAUCACCGAAAAGAAAAUUUAGAAAAUGAUGCAUCAUCACUUGGAAGCGUUAGCAUCAGCUACGACACAGACUUGUCAGAAAUCAGGCCCCAAAUUAACACCUUAUUGAAAGAAAGAGACAGCAAAGCUGCCGCUGAAAGUCAGGAAAGUGAAGAAGACAAGGCAAAAAAAUCUCAAAAGACAACGAAUUGGUGGUUUUUGGAUUCGUGCAGCGGCGCAAAAUUUUUUCGAAUCGAUGAAGCCCAAGAGCAUUUAUAUUAUGUGAAUGACAUUUGCGACCAAGAACUCUAUAUUGCUGAACAAAGGGAGCCCGCAGAUGACGUUAAUAGUGACGCCACGAAGGCGGAGCCUGAUGGCGAUGACGUCAGUCACGUGUCAACUUCAUCAGGAAGCCGGCAUUCGCAGGGAAGCGGAGAUUACGGGGAGCAUAGAGAAAGUAUCGAUCCAACAGAUAAUCAAACAGAAUCAAGAGAUUUAAACUUAAAAUCUUCACAUUCUAAAAUAGAAACAUCAGAAUCAAAUUCAGAACAACUGCAUUCGAAAACAGAAGCAUUGGAUACAAGUAUGGUAACACUAGAUAUUGAUACCAAAUCUGCCAAUUCAAGCAGACGGCCAUCAGAAGUAAAUACAGAAAGAAAAGACUCUGCAGCUAAUAGACAAGAAAUGAUGAAUCUUGCUAAUAUAGAUUUAAUUGCUGCUGCUAAAAUGGGAAGUUUGGAACAGGUAGCUCGACUUCAUUCUGAGGGUCAUAGUUUGAUGGAGAGGGACCACGAAGGAAGAACUGCACUGCAUCACGCUGCCUUUAUCGGAAAUGUAGACGUUGUCCGGUAUUUGGUGGCAUAUGCUCCAAUAUCUGUUUUGGAUGCUCAGGAUGAAAUCAUGUUUCAUACAGCACUGCACAGGGCUGUAACUAGAAUGGACAAAGUAAUCUGUUCUAUCUUAGUCAGCGGUGGUGCCUCUCUUGAUAUAAGAGAUAAACAGGGAUACACUGCUCAAGAAUUAGCAGAUGUUAUGGGAGAUCAUGUCUUAGCUAAUUAUUUGAAAAGCGUCACCAAUGCCGUUCUCCUAUGAUGCAGGGAUGGUGCAUUAAAUGUCCUCAAAAGAUUUUCAUUUAGCCGUAUCCUGAGCUUGUAAUCAUUCAUACUUUUUCAGAAACGUAGAUGUAUCAGAAAGUCUGAAAAUUGUAUACUCCAACAACUACAGGCAUGAGAUGUUUGAAAACAAGGUGUUUUUAUAGUUGCAAAUAACUUCAGUAAUCGACACAGUUGCAUAAAUUGUGUAUAUUACAAAAGAAAAAGUAUUUUCUGAUGAUAAAUUGCUUUUCUAAGUAUUAGAAAGAAAACCUAUUCAAUUUCGAACAAAAUCUUCAAGCUAUAUUUAUUGUCUUUGU